AUGUCCGGUAGCUAUUCUAUCCCCGGUACCUUUAUCGGUCGACCAACGCAGCGAGAAGACUUCUCGCAUGAAACUGCCACCGUGAGCCUCGCUGGGGAGAGCUACUUCUUCAGUGGCCCAGCAAGAAGUUACGGACGAGUUCACAGAGGGAUGGGAGGUCGAUCAAAGCUUGACUUUGAUCAUCAAAAGGGGCUCGACAAGACUGCAUACAUCAUUCUUGGUCCCGAUCCACACUUCUUCCAGUGUCGUCGUUAUACUGAAGGGAAUAUUGCAGCACAAAGCAACUCAGAGCUUGAGGAUUAUGGGGAGAUCGCAGAUCUCUACACAGAACAUGAUGUUGAGCGCCCAUCAUUCCUAUAUCUCGGCCCCAACAAGACUUUCUACACUCGUGUAGACGAUGGAACUGAGGAGUGGGAGCUCCCUCAAGAGAUAAUCCGUGAAGGCUUACAAGUGACACCCGACGCAGUUCGGUCUGCGGUCGACAGUCUUUGGCUUGGUGUUGGCGACGCUUGGGUUGCACAGUAUCGGGACUCUCGCUUCAGAUUCGACCUCAAGGGCCAAUAUGCCAACCUGGAGCCGGUUUUGCAUCAGAAACAAGACCAGGAGGUCUCUAUCAAUGCGCUGGCAUUAAAUGUGGCUGAUGGAAAGUCUUAUGUCUGUGUCUUUAACGAUGGAGAUGUCGUGUACGAGGCUGGUUCAGCUCGCUUUGAUGGAAAGGAACUUGAGGCUUGGUGUGAGCAGAACUUCAGAUUCACUCAGAGACUGAGGUUCGCUUAG